AAGACAACCAUAGGUCCAUAGUGUUCAGUUUCUGUAACAGGUACAUACACUUUCUUCAUUUAGUAUAUAUGUAAUCUAUGCCUUCAUCUAUGAGACUUGCGUGCUUGCUUAAACACAAACCUUUUAAUUCUCGAAAAAAAAGCUCAAGACCUUUCGUGUACGGCCGACAAGCCUACCUUUCUCUCUCUUCGCUUCUCCACCAACUCUCUCUCUCUCUCUCCUCAGUCCUCACCAACUACCACUAGUCUACACCUACCCCCGAAUGCCCUAAUAACUCCUUCAUACAUACAUCUCUCUUUCUCUCUGCUCAUGAUCCUCUGUCUCUUCCUCUGAUUCUCAAUCCUCUGUUUUCUCCACCUCCUCUGUUUUUUUCUUUUCUCAUCAAUGGAGUCCUCACUAUUAUCAAUGAGAUCAUUUUCCAAUUCCCCUUCGAUUGGGUUCAACACCCAUCGACGCUCCCUACCCCCUCCUCACUUAUCCAAACCUUCCUUCUCCGUCCUCUGUUCUCUUCCUCCCUCAAAGCCACCACCACGCUACAGAACCAGCUCUGUUCACGCCGUCACGACCCUCAACGGAUCGGUGUCAGGAAAGAAACGAGUGGACGAAAGCGAGAGCUUGACACUCGAAGGCAUCAGAAACUCCUUGAUCCGACAAGAGGACAGUAUCAUAUUCGGUCUGCUGGAGAGAGCCAAGUACUGUUACAACGAAGAUACUUACGAUCCCACCGCUUUCGACAUGGAUGGAUUCAAAGGCUCUCUGGUCGAGUACAUGGUCAAAGGCACCGAGACCCUUCACGCUAAGGUUGGUAGGUUCCAGAGCCCUGAUGAACAUCCUUACUUCCCUCAGGAUUUGCCUCAGCCUAUGUUGCCUCCUCUUCAGUACCCUAAGGUUUUGCAUUUUGCUGGUGAUUCGAUUAAUAUAAACAAGAAGAUAUGGAACAUGUACUUUAGAGAUCUUCUCCCGAGACUAGUGAGGAAAGGUGAUGAUGGUAACUACGGUUCAACAGCUGUCUGUGACGCUAUCUGCCUUCAGUCUCUUUCAAAGAGGAUACAUUACGGUAAGUUUGUGGCAGAGGCCAAGUUCCAAGCGUCCCCUGAGGCAUACGAGUCCGCCAUCAAAGCACAAGAUAAGGAUGCGUUGAUGGAUAUGCUGACGUUCCCGACGGUGGAGGAGGCGGUGAAGAAGAGAGUUGAGAUGAAAACUAGAACAUAUGGGCAAGAAGUGAAAGUGGGGAUGGAGGAGAAAGAAGAAGAAGAGGUUGAUGAAUCUCAUGUUUAUAAAAUUAGUCCUAUCUUGGUGGGGCACUUGUAUGGAGAUUGGAUCAUGCCCUUGACAAAAGAAGUUCAAGUGGAGUACUUGCUCAGUAGACUAGACUGAAAAAAAACAAAAUGGCUUUGGUUUGGUAGUAACGUUUUUGUUUUUUUAGGAAUGUUGUUUGGUUGUUUUAUCCUUUUACAAAUCUCUCUCUCAACGUUGUUACACACUAUAUUAUGCCCAUGUUUGGUUCCACUGUACAAAAGUUGCUUGUGGUUUUCAAGGUUACAUGCUAAAACAGUACUCAUAAUUGUAAAAUUAAAUAGAUGAUUUAUUGUGUAUUUUAGUGCA